AUGGCGACUGUUUACUUCGAGACAGGCAAACACCUCACAGCCGCAAGCAUUUCGCUUAUGGUGGUGGACAUCAUCGCUGUCGCGUUCAAAUUUUGGGUGCGCCUCCGCUUAAAGCAGCCUCUUAUGGCGGACGAUUGGCUCUUGGUGCCUGCAACGGUCCUAUCCAUAGGGCUUGGCGCUAUGCUUACUUAUGGCGUUUCUCAAGGUGCCUUGGGAGGAUCGAUUGACAUUCCUCCUGGGGGUGACGGUCGCGCCGAAUUAGAAAUGGCCCGGUUAACACUUGGAAGAAAGUGUGGCAUCAACUUCAAGUCCAACUGGGGCUCAGUGAAGCUUUUCGCAGCCCACUGCCCUGACUCGUUGUGGAUAUUGUUUGUUGGCUUUCUUACUAGCGCCAUCCUCGAUGUUUACAUCCUCGUCCUGCCUAUGCCAUUUAUUUGGAUGUUGAAAUUGGGCAUCGGGAAGAAGAUUGGUGUAACGAUCAUUUUACUUAUAGGAUCAGCUUUGUCGUCGACGUUGUACUGGGGUAUGAUAGAACUCGGCGUGGGUAUAUUCGUAGCCUGUAUUCCAACGGUACAAAAGUUCUGUCGCCAGCAAGACAGACAAGGACUACUAUCUCAUAUCGGUAUGGCUGGGGCGUCGUCAUCUUCGUCACGAACAGUGGGGUCCAAAGACACGAACAAGCCGCGCAUCUGCGUAGAUCAUACGGUGAACAUCGCAUACGGGGACCUGGACGCCGACAGAAAGCCCAAGCUAUCUCGGUUGGAGAGUGUCUGGGCGCGACAUGGUACAAGGAGCGAGUGCAAUGCGGCCUACAUUGAAAUGCAGCCAGGGCGGUCAAGGUGGUUAGACCGGACUAAGACACGGCCUGCGUAUUGA